ACAUAACAGCUGUUUUUGCGGUGUUUUGGUUUUGACUUUUCAAAAUAUUUUCAAAUAAGUUAGGUUAUCAACUUACAUAAUUCAUAUUAUUUAAAAUAAAAUGAUUCAUAAAUGGUUUCAUAAAUUUGUACGACGAACAACAAAGCCCAUUCCAGAAGACCAGGCCCUCUUAUGGAAACGUCGCCUCAGUUUAGCUUACGGAUUUGUUGCGUGGAAUGCAUUCGGUUUACUUGUUUAUGCCAUUUAUCAAGGCAAAGCGGAUUGGGCACAUUAUUAUGGUCUGAAAACAGACGAAGAACAAUCCAUGCCACCAGCAAGAGCUUGGGCGAAUACCUUAGGUAUAAAGAAUGCUAAAGUAUACAGAAUAUCUGGUUUCACAAAAGUAGAUGAGUAUGAUAUAGUGGAGGGAGAAGAAAGGAGACAAAAGAAACCCAUAGGAGAUGGUGAAGAAUUAGAAGAUUAAACAUAAUUUUAUUAAAGUAAAUAUUACAUUUGCAUUGUAAAUAUAUUUUAGCUUAAGAAAACUAUUUUUGUCCCACAAUCAACAGUUUAAAGAUUGUGUGCAUAACAAACACAUUCAAUUUUUAAUAAAUAAAUGUUAUUAAAGUU